UUCAAUUGGUUGAGUUGUGAAAAAAAUAUAUGGGGAGUCGAAAAGUAUUGGUUGAGGUUUGUAAUGCCAAAAACCUGAUGCCAAAAGAUGGUCAAGGGACAGCAAGUGCUUAUGCGAUCGUUGAUUUUGAUGGUCAGAGAAGACGAACCAAGACGAUAUCGAGAGAUUUGAAUCCUCAGUGGGACGAAAAGAUCGAGUUUCUUGUUCAUGAUGUUGCCUCAAUGGGGACCGAGAUUCUUGAGCUAAAUGUUUAUAAUGAUAACAAGAAAACCGGUAAAAGAAGUACUUUUCUCGGUAAAGUUAAGAUUGCCGGGAAUGUUUUUCCGGUUAGCGGGUCAGAGGCAUUGGUUUAUUAUCCUUUGGAAAAGAGAAGUGUUUUUUCUCAGAUUAAAGGCGAAAUCGGGCUCAAAAUUUGUUAUGUUGAUGAAGAAGUUGCACCCGCUCCGGCUUCUGAAGAACAGAAGCCUGAAGCGGCUGAAACUCCUCCAGCGGCGCCGGAGGAGGAGAAAAAAGCGGAAGAGAUGGUGAAGCCUGUAGAGGAAGGAGAGAAGAAAGAAGAAAAGCAGCCGCUGGUGAAAGAGAAAAAAGAAGAGGCCCCACCGGCGGCUACUCCUACUAAAGAGGUGGAGACGGGCCCACCAGUUGUGCCGCCCCCACCUCCUGUGGAGGAUACUGCUAUAGCGCAGUCACCUAAACCAAAACAAAGUGAAGAGAGUCUUCAGUUGGCUAGAAAUCAUUCUAAUUUGGAUUCUGAUGUUGCUAAGGUUUCGCUUUCAAACCAUCAUCGUGGAAGUAAUGCAUUUGAUCUAGUCGAUCGUAUGCCAUUUCUCUACGUGAGGGUUGUGAAAGCGAAACGAGCAGAUAAGGAAUCGGAUGAUUCAACUGUGUACUAUGCAAAACUAGCAAUCGGAACUCAUAGUAUCACUACCAAAACACAAGGUACAGCCAAAGAUUGGGAUCAGGUUUUCGCAUUCGAUAAAGAAGGUUUGAAUUCGACAUCUCUAGAAGUUUCUGUUUUUGAUAAAAAGACUAAAGUUAUAGUAGAAGAAGGUAAGGAAAAUAAAGAAGAAAUUACGGAAAGUUGUUUGGGAACUGUCUCGUUUGAUCUACUAGAAAUACCCAAAAGAGUACCACCAGACAGCCCCUUAGCUCCUCAGUGGUAUACUCUAGAAGGUUCGCCAGAGAAUUCUCCGGCGACAGACGUUAUGCUUGCUGUCUGGUUAGGUACCCAGGCGGAUGAAGCAUUUCAAGAGGCGUGGCAAUCUGAUUCUGGAGGGUUGAUUCCAGAAACCCGAGCCAAAGUUUACCUGUCUCCGAAGCUGUGGUAUUUAAGAUUAACUGUUAUCCAAACCCAAGAUUUGCAGCUGGGCUCGGGUUCAGGAGCCGAGCCUAGAAUAAAAAACCCGGAGUUGUUUGUAAAAGGUCAACUCGGGCCACAGCUGUUUAAAACAAACCGGACAACAGUGGGGCCAUCUAGUACUUCUUCUAAUCCUACGUGGAAUGAAGAUUUGGUUUUUGUGGCAGCAGAGCCGUUUGAGCCGUUUUUGGUGAUUACCGUUGAAGAUGCAUCUAACGGUCAGACCGUUGGACAUGCUAAGGUGCAUGUUGGUAGCAUAGACAAGCGGACAGAUGAUCGGUCAACAGUUGGGUCAAGAUGGUUCAAUUUGGUUGGUGAUGAGAAUCGUCCUUAUGCAGGUAGAAUUCAUGUUGGUGUUUGUUUAGAAGGUGGCUAUCACGUGCUUGAUGAGGCUGCUCAUGUGACUAGUGACACCCGGCCCACCGCCAAGCAGCUGUCUAAACCGCCUAUUGGGUUGCUCGAGGUUGGGAUUCGUGGGGCUGCUAAUUUGCUUCCAGUUAAGACGCGGGAUGGUACACGUGGCACGACAGAUUCUUAUGUGGUUGCUAAGUAUGGGCCGAAAUGGGUCAGGACUCGUACAAUUCUUGAUCGAUUUAAUCCACGGUGGAAUGAGCAGUACACGUGGGAUGUUUAUGAUCCGUGUACGGUGCUAACAAUAGGUGUGUUUGAUAAUGGGAGGUAUAAGAUAGGGGAGGGGGAUGAUAAGCCUAGUAAAGAUGUGCGUCUUGGGAAGCUUAGGGUGCGGCUCUCAACACUUGAUACUAAUCGGGUGUACAUGGGUUCGUAUUCUCUUAUUGUGUUGCUUCCUAAUGGAGCUAAGAAAAUGGGGGAGAUUGAAAUUGCAGUUAGGUUCUCGUGUUCAUCGUGGAUUAGUCUACUUCAGGCUUACUCGACUCCUAUGCUUCCACGGAUGCACUACGUGCGCCCUUUGGGUCCUAUGCAACAAGAUAUGUUGAGGCAUAAUGCUAUGAAGAUUGUUACUGCAAGGUUGGCAAGGUCUGAGCCAGCUUUGGGCCAGGAAGUGGUUCAGUUUAUGCUUGACUCGGAUACUCACACUUGGAGCAUGAGAAGAAGCAAGUCCAAUUGGUUUAGAAUUGUUAAUGGCUUGUCAAAAGCAGCAACUUUGGCAAGGUGGCUUGACUCGAUUUGCACAUGGGCUCACCCACCAACAACAGUCCUGGUCCAUGUGCUUUUCCUGGCUAUCGUUUUGUGCCCACAUCUAAUCCUGCCAACAGUUUGCUUGUAUGCCUUUAUAAUUGUAGCAUUGAGAUACAGAUACCGAAUGCGAGCCCCUGUCACAAUGGAUCCAAGACUCUCCCAAGUCGAUUCUGUGGGACCAGAUGAGCUCGAUGAGGAGUUUGAUGGGUUUCCGAGUUCAAGAUCACCGGACCAGAUUCGUAUCCGGUAUGACAGAUUAAGAUCCCUAGCAGGCCGGGCCCAGACACUGCUUGGCGACAUGGCUGCACAGGGAGAGAGGUUAGAGGCGUUAUGCAAUUGGAGAGACCCAAGAGCCACAGCUAUAUUUGUGGUGGUUUGUCUAUUGGCAUCACUAGUGUUCUACAUUGUGCCGUUUAAGGCUUUUCUGUUGGGAAUGGGAUUCUUUUACAUACGACACCCUCGGUUCCGUGGCGACAUGCCGUCUCUGCCCAUCAACUUUUUCCGGCGACUACCGCCCCUCUCAGACCAGAUCCUAUAACCCGAAUUGAAUCUCGGGUAAAAAUUUCAUUUUUAUGUAUUAUUUGAUUUGGUAGCACCUUUAGUGCACACAUUGGUUAGAUCAAUUGGAAGUAUUACAUUAUAUCUGUAAACCUGUUAUUGGAUUCAAUAUGAAAAUGUGGUUGAUUCAUAA